AUGGACUCCCAAAGACAGACAAGGACAACACCAUUGUUGUCUUUAGGAAGAUUUCACAUUUCUGAAGAUUAUGGAUUUCUUCUUCCAAAUCCUCUGAAAGAACUUCCAGAUCAUUACAAGCCUUGGAUGGAAAUUGCCAGCAAACUUCCUUAUUUGAUUGAGAAACACCAGCUUCGAACUCAAGUGAAUAAACUGCCUCUCCUGGAUGGCCAGUUCCUCAAGGGUUACCGGGAGCAGCGCCUGGCCCACCUGGUUUUAAGCGUUAUUACGAUGGGGUAUGUCUGGCAGGAAGGAGAGAAACAGCCAGAAGAGGUUCUGCCUCAGAAUCUGGCCCUUCCCUUUGUUGAUGUCUCCAGGAGUUUGGGGCUUCCACCUAUUCUGGUCCACUCUGACUUGGUGUUGGCAAACUGGACUCUGAGGAAUCCUGAAAGACCUCUGGAAAUCAGUAACUUGGACACCAUUGUCUCAUUUCCUGGUGGAGAAAGCCUACGAGGCUUUGUGCUGGUGACUCUUUUGGUGGAGAAAGCGGCAAUACCUGGGAUUAAGGCAAUUGUUCAGGCAGUGAAUGCCAUCGUACAGCCCAACCAAGAUUCUCUGCUUCCAGCCCUGCAGCAACUGAGAUUGUCCAUUCAGGACAUCACCAGAACCUUAGGACAGAUGCAUGAUUAUGUAGAUCCAGACAUAUUUUAUGCAGUCAUCCGGAUCUUUCUCUCUGGAUGGAAAGAUAACCCAGCCAUGCCUAGGGGCUUGAUAUAUAAAGGAGUCUCCAAAGAGCCCCUGAAAUAUUCUGGAGGGAGUGCAGCUCAGAGCACAGUGCUUCAUGCCUUUGAUGAGCUCCUAGGCAUCCGUCACAGCAAGGAAAGUGCUGACUUUCUGCACAGGAUGAGGGAUUACAUGCCUCCUUCCCAUAAGGCCUUCGUAGAAGAAAUCCACUCAGCUCCAUCACUGAGGGACUACGUCCUGUCCUCUGGAGAUGGCCAACUUCUCACUGCCUACAACCAGUGUGUGGAGGCCCUGGCAGAGCUGCGAAACUAUCACAUCACUGUGGUAGCCAAAUACAUCAUCACCGCUGCAGUCAAAGCAAAGAGCAGAAGGUCAAGCCAUCUCUCAGGGCCACCUCAGGCCUUGGAAGACAGGGGCACUGGAGGAAGUUCAGUUCUGAGCUUCCUCAAGAGUGUCAGGGAUAAGACCUUAGAUGCAAUCCUCCACCAAAGUGUUUAAGAGAUGGCGAGAUGGCCUUCUUCCAGCAGUGCCAUUCUAGCAAAAACAGAUUUUCUUAUUCUCCCCCCCCCCCCCCUCUCCAAGGCAGGUGGGUCUACAAGGUGAGAGUCAGCUUUCUGUCUAAAAAAUCCAAAGAGAGGGCCCUCUCUGGUGGCACAGUGGGUUAAAGCACAGCGCUGAGAAGCUGAAGCCAUUGCAGCAUG